AUGCCUUGUCAGAAUCUAUGCUACAACUUACAUCGAAAGAAGUCAGUCGUUGGGUGGUUAACAGAUUCUUCUCUAAGGAGACGUCUCUCAGUUUUCGACCUCACCUCACUAGGGGUGGGAACAGUCGUUGGAAUUGGCGUGUAUGUGGUGGCAGGAGAGUUGGCACGUGACGUAGCAGGACCUGCGAUCGUUCUCUCCUUUAUUCUAGCCUUUAUCUCAGCAACACUCUGCAUGCUCGCCUAUGCCGAGUUCAGCAGCCGCAUUUCCAAAGCCGGGUCAGCUUACGUUUACACUUAUGUGACACUGGGUGAAAUAUGGGCUUUUAUUGUAGGGUGGAAUAUUGUUUUAGAGUAUAUCAUCGUAGGCGCUAGUUUGGCUCGGGCUUGUAGCGAGUACAUAGAUACUCUAUUUCAUGGUCAAGUCUACAGGUUUUUUAUGAAAGACGUAGUGACUUGGAACGUUCCUGGAAUUGCUCUCUUUCCAGACUUCCUUGCGGGCGGCUUAGUUAUUGCUGCUGUGAUACUUGUAUGUUCGGGAGUUUGCAUUUCUACUAAUGUUCAAAAAGCGGUGACAGUGGCAAAUUUCCUUAUCAUUUUGUUUAUGAUAAUAUACGGUAUUUUGAUCGCUGAUCUCAACCAAUGGACAAACAGGUUCGCACCUUAUGGCUUUCGAGGCGUUUUACAAGGAGCUGCCAGUUGUUUCUUUAUAUUUGUUGGAUUGGAUGUCAUCACAACCGCCGCCGAGGAAACUAUUUACCCUUCAAGAAACAUCCCACUGUCGUUGCUGCUCAGUAUAUCCAUCAGUACCCUCGCCCUUUUGGGUGUCUCAACUGUGUUAAUAGCGAUAUUACCUUACCAUGAAUUAGACACUUUCGCUCCAUUAGCGACAGCUUUUGCAAAAGUGGGGGACUUUCCAGUUGCUCAAUACAUCGUAGCUUGUGGAGGAAUAUCUGCGACAAUCAGCGCUCUGGUGUGUGUCGUUUUUUCACCUUCGAGACUUCUCUACUCCAUGUCUCUUGACGGUCUUUUCUUCGGAUGGUUUUCCCACCUAAGUGACACUACUUACGCACCAGUGAGGGCCACGAUCUUGGUUGGAUGCUUUGCUGCAGUAUUGGCAGUGAUAUUUGAUCUCCACCAGUUGGUAAGUUGCUUUUUUGAGGAUUUUUCUCUAAACGCUGCGUGUAGCUGCGUGUGUAAAUUUGCAAGGUACUAAAAUGAAUGGCAGAAGUGGGCGCAUUACCCAGGGUGAAUCUCACAUAAGAUUGACGAGAAUUUUCGUCGGAAAAUAACAAUUAAACUACUCCUAGAGCAGUCCAAACUGGGUGCGGCUCAAACGUUAUUUGACCCCUCCGAGAUCAUACUUUAACACCGCUUUAACACAGUAUGACGGAUUUUAUAUAUAUAUUAAACACUUAAUGAGUGGUCCCGAGCGAGGGAAACAGUUAAUUUUGUUUCUCGAGAAUCUAAUUGUUGCCGAGGAAAACAUGAUUCGGGGGAAACAAAAUUAACUGUUUCCAGAGGGACCAGUCUUUAAGUGAAUUGUUAUAUAACCCAAGCACGUUUACAAAUUAGAAAAUAAAUCUCGCGAGCGUCAACAUUCACGGGUAGCAGUGCACUGUUACCCUCUGACGUCAUGGAUUUUCCCCGCUCAGAAAUUUUGGCGGGAAACAUUUUCAUUGUUAGAUGUCCUGUGAACUCGAAGUAACCAAUGAUCAAUAAGAGCGCGCACUGUUCGGAAAAAAUUCCAGCUAUACAACAAGUAGAUCAUCUUUUACACACCUUUGAAUAACCUUGUUCUGUUUUCAGGUAGAGCUUUUGUCCAUCGGAACCUUGCUAGCAUAUACAAUGGUUACGAUAUCCGUACUGGUAACUCGUUAUCAGCCUGAUGUCGAGAGCGUUUAUGACAAUAGCAUUGGCGAGAGAGAGGCCAUAACAGUAAAAUGGCUUCAAAGUCUGUGUCUCACGCAUGCUGGGCAACAAGAUGGCUCACAUGCCGAGGUCCCCUUAAUAUCAGGGGAACAUGAAACUGUAAAAAAGAAUGAUCGUGGCUCUAAAAAGGAGCCGACUCAAAGUACAGUUUUUCGAGUCAAACUGUCGGUAUUUUUCAUGGUAGCUGGCAUCACUGCAAUCAUCGUUAUUCUCUCUACUGCUUUUGAACAAAUUUCUAAAAUGGAAUGGUGGGCCAUGAUCCUUAUUUGCUCUUUCUCUGGGAUAACUGUUAUAUCAUUUGUUGCAAUUCUGCUUCAACCGAAAAACAACACCACCUUUCCGUUCAUGGUACCUGGCGUCCCCUAUAUUCCCACAGUAAGCAUCUUCUUGAAUGUGUUAUUAAUAACAAAUCUUCAUUGGACAACCUUCGCCCGAUUUGGCGUAUGGAUGGUAGUUGGUAAGUUAAUUGCAAUA